CAACCCAAGUUUGUAUUUAUUUGAAUGGUUCUGGCUUCGCCCAGUUCGUGAAUGUGUGUUACUAUUUAGCUCUUAUCUCAUUUCUUUCUGGUAAUAUCGACAAACUCUAAAUUUGGGAUAUUGCUGUAGAGGUCAGAGGAAACGUCGAACUUUACAAAAUGUCAUGAAUCCCUGAUUAUGGCCACUGGAAAUCAUGUCAGGAAUGAUGCAGAAUUCCGCAGGCUCACGCAGGCCCAGUCCUUUGAUCUUUUCAAACACAAGAGCUGCCUUGGAGAUGAAAAGAACAUGAGGGAGGUGGAUUAUUUAUAUAAGGAAGAAAUAGAUAAUGAAAGAUUUCCAGUGGGGCGUUGUGUGCACAACUACGGAAAAGUGAAACGAGUGGUGAGCAAGAAGACGCGGAUUUCAGCGGUGGGCUCUGGUGGACGCCGGAGAGCACCUUUUGCCAGCAGGUCCUUUGACAUGGCAAACAAAGAAAAUGAGCUGACCUGUGCUGCAGACACACAGGGUAUUCAUGGUAAAGACAACUGUGGGUUCCCUGUGAACUCAACAGAGGCGUCUAAAAUGUCAGCAGCUGGCUCCAAAUACAGUGACUACUUUACGGAGUUAUCAAAGGACCAUGACACAAUGACUCAUGUGCUGUUUGGAAGGAAUCUCAGAUUAAAUGUUGCUUUGACUCUGUGGCGAAGAAAUGCUAGUGAACUGGUGGCUUUCUUGAUUAGAAUACAAGACACAGGGGUCCUUGUUGACUGUCUGCCUGUACUCACUAAAAGUCUUCAAGAAGAACGGUCAUGCAUUUCAAUUGGUUGCUGUGUAGACCUUUUACCACAAGUGAAGACAAUUCUUGUCAGUAAAUAUGAAGAACACCUUACUGUGGCUUUACAUUGGGUUCAGUCUGUCAUUAAGAAAUGGUGGCCUGAACUCUCUGGCCUGAGUUUGCAAGAUGGCUGUUCCAUUGACAGGAACAUUCAGGCCAUGAGGAAGCAGCUGCUUGAAUUAUGGAAUGAAAAUUGUGAAUUAACCUUAGUCUCUGGAACUAUUGGGGAAAUAUCCAAGGCCAUUGAAUCCUAUCUAUCACAAAUACGCCGACACACAAAUGUAGCACGCUGAGGAAGUGACCACUACAUGCACUUGAUGCCGAUGAACUGGCUUUAGCUUGAGAAGAGAAAACAGCAGUGAAUGGGGAGAUAGAUGAACUGAACAAUUCAGACACUCCUUACAUUAAAACUGGAGAAGUAUCUUGACGGAUGAAACCCUUCCUGUAGACUUUGAAUGACUGCUUCACAUUGAAGUGGACUGUGUUUGUUAGUGGCACACAAUAAACUCCAUGAGACUUUAUGGAAUCAGGCAACUCGCGGAACUGCUGAGAUGAAGUUUUAACACACUUGUAGUGCCAUGGUGUGCAUCUGUUGGAGUGGAUGGAUGUGAUGUAUCCUUUUUCUGGGACCCUGAUACCUACUGCUUUUCAGUGAAAAAACAUGAAAUGCAGAAGUCUUAAGUUAUUAGCACAUUUACUGAUCUUUGCCUCUUCAUGGUUGAAAUGUUGUGUUCAUAUGAUUUUCUUUUAAUCAUCAUCUAAAUAAAUUUGAAAAAAAUAUACCACAA